UCCUCCUGUCCGUUUCCCAGGGCAACCACUGACAGAAAUCGCCCCGCCUUCAUUUUCAUGUGUUCCCCCUAUUAUCAGUCGGUGUGGGGAUUGGUUACCAAAGACGUCGGUCCAUGUGCCUCUCCAUCCACGGCGGCGUCUCAGAAAACAAGAAGGGUCAUGCGUUAGGGGUGUGGAGAUCGAUAACGCCCCGGAGCGAUAGCAGAACAAGGGGACAUGCUCCCUUUACUGGACUAAAAUCUGUCAGCUGCACUAACAUGGUGCAGAAUAUAUAAGUGCUCUUGUAAAUAUCAGAGAAAACAUCCUUCCAAAGACUUCUGCAAACCAACCGCUCUGCUGCUGAAGUCCUAACAUGGAUCACCACACAGACAGCCCUUAUGUGAGGAUCAGUGAGGAGAAAGUCAUUCCAAAGUCGGACAUUCUGUCACUUCUCAGGACCUACAACUGCUACCAUGAGGGCAAGAGCUUCCAGCUGCGCUGGAGAGAGGAAGAGCACCAGCUGAUUGUGGAGGGUCUACUCAAUAUCUGUUGGGGUCUAAAGCGUCCUAUCAGGCUACAGAUGUAUGAUGACAACCAGCGAUUCCACUACAACCACUCUACAAUAUGGCCAUCUCACCUCUCAAAUAGGAAUGAACAUCUGCAGCUCUGCUCCACUACCAUACCCUCUCUGGAGUCCAACAACAACAUCCCUGACCCCACCACAUCAGAGCUUACCUCUUUAGAUGGGGCGGCUCCAGAGGAAGAGGAGAUCCCUCAGCUCCUUAGGACGCAGAGUGACGCCAGCUUCAUGUCCAUCCAGCGGCGAACACAGCUACGCAGCGCCGGUGACCUGCAACGCAUACGCAGACACCGCUUCUCCAUCAACGGACACUUCUACAAUCACAAGACCUCGGUGUUCACGCCAGCCUAUGGCUCCAUCACCAACGUACGCAUCAAUAGCACCAUGACAACACAGCAGGUGCUUAAUCUACUUCUCAACAAAUUCCGCGUGGAGAACAAGGCAGAGGAAUUCGCUCUGUAUGUGGUGCACGAGUCAGGUGAGAGGACAAAGUUAAAGGACUCAGAGUUUCCUCUGGUGUUUCGAGUACUCCACGGCCCUUGUGAGAAAAUCGCCAAGAUAUUCAUCAUGGAAACAGAUCUGGGAGAGGAAGUAACGUAUGAUGUGGCUCAGUAUAUCAACUUUGAGCUGCCACUCCUAGACAGCUUUGUCAAAAAACUUAAGGAAGAAGAGGAGAGGGAAAUCUCAAAACUCACUAAGAAAUACAGCGCUCUGAAGGCCACGAUCCAGAGACAACUUGAAGAUGCUGUUGAGACAGCAGACAACAUGUGACACAGAACACACACACUGUCAAGUGUGUGUGUGAAAGUAUGAAGAAUAUUUACCAGGAGAUGAGAGAGAAAGAAAGAAAAAUGAAAGAAAGAAAGGUCAAAGCCAAGCUCACUAUAAGAAACUCAGGACUAACUAAUACACACACACACACACAAAAACACAGAGACUUAAACAUAUCAUUCACAUAUGUACUGCUGAUGUGAACAGAUACAUAUCAUGUAAGCUAGCAAUUUCAGUCUAGAAGCUCCAGCUUAGUACCACCCAUUUAUAAAGAAUGUUACAUAAAUUCCACUUUUUCAGUCCUUUCUAAAUGGUCCUUUCUAAAUUUCUUGAAAUAAAUAUAUUGAUUUAUUACA